GGUGCCCGGGCACGAAUCGUCUCUGUGUGCAGCCAGGGAGCCGGCCUGGUGUGGUGUGAGGAGAGGCCUCCCCUGGACGCCCACUCAGACAUGAGCAAGUGUGCCUUCAGGUUCUGCGUCUGCACCCGGGCUCUGGAGGUGGGGGAGCAAGGCGUGCGGCUGGGCACUGUAAGUAUAGUCCUGCACAACAGCCCUGAGUACGAGGUCCUGGCCUCCCCCCAGCACGUCUUCCUGGUGCCUGCCACUGCCAGCUUUGCCACCACUUCCAAAUUCCUCCUCGUCUGGCAUCCCGAGAAGGCAAAGCUCACCAUUACAGCCCCUUCUGCAGGCUUUGUUCACAGCAAGGUGCUGCACUCCAGCAGCGAGUCAGACUUCAGGAAGCUCCUGCUUGGCUCUGUGGGUAUUCUCUCAGGUUUGGCACCUCUGGACAUUCACACCUCCACUGUGUCCAACAGUGGGGGUCUGCUGCUGGUAAGCACGAAGGGUGCUGUGAACAUGGUGGAGCCAGAUGGGACACAGAGGCAUAUCUUUGACCUGGAGGGGGGCCCCCUGGCCCAAGGAAGUCCUGUCCAGCUGAAGACCUUUGGCAGCAUCCUGGCCUGUGUGCUGGCUGGGGUCCUGUACCUCGUCGACCAGAACAGUGGAAGGCUCAUAGAAAAGAAAAUCCUGAACAUGAAACAGGUGCAUUUCCUGGAUCCCCUGGGAGAGGAGGACAGCAUCCAGCUCCUCACUCAAACUGGCAUCUACAGCUUUAGCUUCUCCAAACCUGAGGACAGCAUCAGGCCUGAGCCGUGCCUGGUGGAGAUGGUGUUUGAGGAGGCCUGCAGAUACUAUCAGAGGAGGAGCCUCAGCAGCUCCAAGCUGACGGUGGAGAAAUUGAAGAAAGGUGGUGUGUUCCAGGCUCCUGUGGCCCUCGCUGCCAUCCUGCAGCACAGCCUCCGCCAGAAGCAGAAGCCAGCCCGAGGCCUCCAAGACACUUACGCCAAGCUGUUGAGCACAAUGAGCCUGGAGCUGCAGAGCUACAUGAGCCUGGAGCUCCUCAAGACCUGCGUGGUGUGUGCCCCAGAGAGUGAGGUGGAAAGCUACUGCGAGGAACUGGUGGAGCAGGAGGUCAGCCGCGUUCUGCACUCUGACAUGGACAAGGACAACUUGGCCUACCUGAACUCUGUCUUUGCCUCCUUCCCCAAGGCUGCCUGGAAGGCCACGAGGAGCUGCCUGCAGCUGCAGCAGAAUGGGGACGGCCUCUUGGUAGCCAGGGCCACCCCGGAGGUGUGGAAGAAGGUCCUGGGAGGGCCGCAGCAGGAGGAGGUUGGUCAGAAUGGGGUGGUCCCACUCUUCGAGCUCAUCUGUGCCUCAUUCCUGAGGUUCAAACCCAAGUGGCUGCCCAGUUUUGUGGAGCUGACCCAGCAGUACGUUAGCAUCUCUUGGGCAUACAGCAGCAAGGAGGGCCCAGAGGGCCGGGUGCCACUGUACAAGAGAGCACUGGGAGUACUGGCCAGGAAGAAUAAGCGCAGCGAGGCAGAUGAGGAGAUGGAGCUCGAACUGCUGCUCUGCAGCAAGAGGCCUAAGGCUGUGCUGCAAGCUCUGCACCUUCUCAUCCGCCUGAAGCGGUGGCAGCGGGUGGUGGAGGUGGCAGAGAAGUUCUCCAAGCUCAGCCUCUUGCUUAACAAGGAGAUAUUCACCACACUGCUGGCGGAGUUUGCCCAGCACCGGGAGCUGGACCCUUAUCUGGAUACACUGUGGCCGCUGUGCCCCGCUGAGCUUACCGCCUCGGACAUCCUCGCCGUGGUUCUGCAGCAUCUCCCUUGUUCCCAGGAGGACCCAGUGCCCUUCUCCAGCGAGGGAAACCAGCUGACUGUAGGAUUGCUCAAGCCGUUGCUGCAAAGGGUUGUACAGCGUCCCUGCAUCCAGGACGAGAUGUACUCGGAUGCCUUGCAGAGCCCCAUCUUCCCCCCUCCUACCCCACCCCGAGAACACAAGAUCCCCUCAAAAGCAGCAGCCGACGAUGCCUCUCAGCCACCCAUCGCAAGGACUUCCUCCCCCUCGGCGCUGGUACAGGGUGACACUGCAUGA